UACAAAAAGUAUUAACAACUGUCAGCAGCCUAUUGGUCCUUGUGUACCUACUAAAUCUAAAUCAUCACUGUCCCGGGUGUUCCCCGUAUUGCAGACUCUGACGACAGUGACAAUGAGGGCGGCAUGGGCAACGUCAACCGCGCCGUCAUGCGACCACCGGGACACUCGGGGAAGGCCAAACGCGGCCACCUCUGCUUCGACGCCUCCUUCGAAACAGGGAAUUUGGGCCGGGUGGACUACAUCAGUGAGUUUGAGUACGACCUGUUCAUCCGACCGGACGCCUGUAACCCCCGCUACCGUAUCUGGUUCAACUUUGUCGUGGACAACGUCCGACAAGACCAGAGAGUGAUCUUCAACAUCGUGAACAUGAGUAAAACGAAGAACCUCUUCAGGGAUGGAAUGACACCGCUGGUGAAGUCCACGUCUCGGAACAGAUGGCAGCGCCUGCCGGCGCGGAACGUGUACUACCACCGGUCUGCCGAGCACCGCGGUCACUACAUCCUGUCGUUCGCGUUCGCGUUCGACCGGGAGGAGGACGUGUACCAGUUCAGCGGCUGCUUCCCCUACUCCUUCUCGCGGCUGCAGCUCUACCUGGCCGAGCUGGAGCGACUGCAGCUGCCCUGGAUCCGCCGGCAGACGCUCACUCUCACCGUGCAGAAGCGCGAGUGUGACGUGGUGACGGUGGGCCCGCCGGAGGCGAUGGACGGCCACCUGCCCACCAAGACGGUGGUCAUUAUGGCCAGAGUGCACCCCGGCGAGACGCCCACCUCGUUCAUCAUCAAAGGUUUGCUCGAUCUGCUGACGGCAGACCAUCCGGUUCCCACUCAGCUUAGGCAGCAUAUCGUGAUAAAGAUCAUCCCCAUGCUCAACCCAGACGGCGUGUUCCUAGGCAACCACAGGUGUUCGGUGAUGGGGGCCGACCUGAACCGCGCCUGGCAGGAGCCGUCGGAGUGGGGCCACCCCACCAUCCACGCCGCCAGAAAGCUGCUCCACUCACUCGACACCAACAAGAAUAAUGGGUUGGAAAUAGUGCUGGACCUCCACGCCCAUACGAGCCUCCUCGGCUGUUUCGUCUAUGGAACAACAUACGAAGACGUCUACAGGCACGAACGGCACAUCGUAUUUCCGAAGAUGAUGAGUCAAAACUCGGAGGACUUCAGCCAUACUAACACAAUCUACAACAGGGACCCGCUGAAACUGGGCACUGCACGCAGGUACCUGUGCUCCCAGCUGAGCGACUCCGUCAACUGCUACUCGCUGGUGGUGUCCAUGUACGGCUACACGGGCCGCCACGGCGAGGGUGUCAUUCCCUACACCGAGGAGGCCUACAUGCGUUUGGGCCGGGACCUGGGCCGCGCACUGCUCGACUACUUUAGGGCGAUGCAGGUGAUUCCUUCGCCACCCAAGUCGACGGCAGCACCGGCAGCCGGCGCAGAGCGGCCACCUCGAGCACACAGGCCGCCCGGUAGCGUUACGCCGGCGCCUGCCGGCGGCGCCGCCCCUCCCCCUCCGCCUCCGUCCGACCCGGAGCUGCAGCGGUACCCGCUGACCGACUCGGGCGCCUCCUCGGUCCGCGGCGAGUCGCCCCGAACGCCGGCCAUCGACGUGCGCGUCCGCGAGCGGCGAGAGCGCGCCGUCGGCCCGGCCGCGCCGCCGGGCCGCCGCCGGCCGGCCGUGGUCAGCGUGCGCUCCUACGUGGCCGACGACCGGACGGCCGGCUCCUCGGACGACUCGGCCGGCUCCGGCGACUCGGCGGAGUCGGAGACCACAGACUCGGAGGCCGCGGCCGACUCGCCACAGACCGGCCCGGCCGCCAGGCAGCCGCUGCGCCGGCUGGCCAUCAAGAGCGACGUGACAUACAGCCGCCUGGGGGCACGACCGCACCGGCGCCGCACCCAGACGGCGGGGAAGAGCGCGGAGAAGCAGGGCCUCGGCAAACCAGGAUAA